AUGGCGAACAACCAACCCCGCGGUGAGGCGGCAUCCUACUACGCGAACCAGCCGCAGUAUGGUCAAUCCCAGUACGACCAACCGGGACCUCCUGGCCCCCCUGGCUCAGGCCCCGUCCCUGGAGGCUACGCGAAUGGAUAUGGCGACGAGAAGGCCACCUUCGAUCAGGCCUUCAAGGUCGACAAGCCCAAGUACAAUGACUGGUGGGCAGGCAUUCUGUUCCUCCUGGUGAUGGCUGGCUUUGUCGUCGUCUCGGGUCUCGCCAUCCAAGGCUAUUCUGCGACGAAGAAUUCGCAAGGCGAUGGCAUAUAUGACGGAAGCCGCGCUGUCGGACUCAACACCAACACCAUCAUCCUCUUCGUUUUCUGCCUGGGCGCCGCUGUCGUCCUCAGCACUGUCUAUCUACUACUGAUCCGAUUCUUCCCGAAGCAGUUGAUAUGGAUUACCGGUAUUCUCAACAUCGUAUUCGGGCUGGGUACGGCGAUCUACAUGCUCUAUCGUCACUACUGGUCUGGCGGCAUCGUCUUCUUGAUCUUCACUGUAUUCCUGGCAUUUUGCUUCUAUACAUGGAUCCCACGCAUCCCCUUUAGUGCUCUCAUGCUCAAGACCGCCGUCGAUAUUUCGAAGCGCUACGGCCAUGUCUACAUCGUCAGCGCACUGGGUGCGCUGAUCGGCGCAGCCUUUGCGGCUUACUUUUCGGUCACGUUCGUGGCGGUUUACUCCAAGUAUUCGCCCUCAAACCCAGCCUGUACCCAAGGCGCUGGCAGCUGUAGUAGCGCGAAGGUCAUCGGCCUUCUGGUCUUCAUCACCUUCGCCAGCUACUGGUUUAGUGAGUGGCUGAAGAAUACAAUUCACACGACCAUAUCGGGUGUUUACGGGUGCUGGUACUUCCACCCGAACAACUUACCACGGGCUGCCACAAGAGGUGCUCUCCGCCGAAGCCUGACGUACUCGUUUGGAUCGAUAUCACUCGGCUCGCUGAUCGUCGCGAUCAUCAAUCUCUUGAGACAGAUCUGUUCCAUCGCUCGGCAAAAUGAGGCAGCUCAAGGUGACAUCAUCGGCUCUAUCCUUUUCUGCGUAUUGGGCUGCAUCAUAGGCCUCAUCGACUGGGCGGUGCAGUUCUUGAACCGAUACGCGUUCUCGUAUAUCGCGCUCUAUGGCUAUUCUUACGUUCGUGCGGCCAAGGACACAUGGAAGAUGAUCAAGCAACGCGGCAUCGAUGCUUUGAUCAAUGAAUGCCUCAUUGGACCAGUCCUGAGCUUUGGAAGUACGUUCGUGGGCUAUGCCUGCGCUCUGCUAGCGUACUUGUAUCUUUCAUUCACGCACCCUGCAUACAACUCGGAUGGCUCUUAUACCCCAGUGGUUGUCGCCUUCGCAUUCCUGAUCGGUCUGCAGAUUUGCAACGUGGUCACAGUCCCGAUUUCCUCGGGUAUAGACACAAUCUUUGUGGCGAUGGCAUACCAGCCCGAAGUGUUGAUGCGAGAACACCCAGAGCUAUAUGACGCCAUGGUUCGCGUCUAUCCGAAAGUUCAAUCGGCUAUCCACGCCUAG